AUGAGGUGCAGCUUUGGUUCUGUGGAGACCGAACAGGCUGUGCCCAUUUCAGACAUGGCAUUCUCUUUUUUUCUGCUUGAGACAUGGCUGAUGAUCAUGCUUUGUGCACGGGACAGGGUUGGACUGCUAGCCUUUCACCAAGCAUUAGUAUUUAAUCCACAAAAUGCAUUUGUAGUCUGGGUCUUCGCUUCUAUACUGUAUUGUGGAACGCAGCAGGAAGGUGUUCAAUUUGCAAGAGAAAAUGCUAAAGUUCAAGAGAGAUUUGUACCUGAGAUCUCUGGCUUCUCUGAAAUUAAAUCAGAUGAAGAGCUUGCCGAAAAAGUUUCUCAGCUAGCAUCUUUAGUUCAAUAUACUGUAGAUGCUUUUACAGAUGAAAUUAGUCUUUCCGAGUCCUUGUCCAGAUACCUAGAUUCCCCCUUCUACGAUUUGGUGUUCAUAUCAAAGAAAAUCAGUAAACAUGUUGCUCUUUUUUUUCAUAUGCAACCUUGCGAAUAUGGAAGAGAGAGUUUCAAGAUUGACUAUGAUUUACUUGGGAAAGGAGAUCUGCAUGAGACUAGAUUUGUCCUGGGCAAGGUUAUUUUGGAAACUUUGAGUGGUGGGCUUGUUCGAGGAAAGGAGAUUUUAAAGGAGGACACGAAAGUCAUCAAGAAGGAUCAUGAACCAACACUUUCUGAUCUGGUAAAGAAGGUCAACGGAGAAGGACAUAUUUUAUUAUCAUUUGAUGAACGAAACCAGGAGAGAGCCAAUCAGCUGGAAAACAUUAAUAUGAAACAAUUUUCAGAACAGAAGAUAAAUAGUAUGAAGGAAAAGGUGGUUUCGAUAGAUGCACUAAUGGAUAUGGCAAAGAAGCAACACAAGGUAGUUGACACAACUCUGGUUUGUGAGGAAAAAUUUCAUUUGCCACUGCAGGAGAGUGAUAAAAAGCAAGUGGCCGUUGGCAAUGAGCUGCACCAGCAUAGUGCUAAGAAGCAUGGGAAGAUGGUAGAGAAGGUGGAGCAUCACAAGUUAUGUUAUAAAGAAACCAAAGAGCUGUUUAAUGUAAUUAGAAAGUGUAAUCCAAGUGAGGAUAAGAAAAUUAAGGGGGAAGAGAAAAACAUUCGGCCUCCAGUAUUGCAGGAGCUGGCAAAGGAGAAGACUAAGAAACUGAAACAUGGAAUGGCUAAGGAGAAGACUAAGAAGCUGAAACUUGCAAUGGCUAAGGAGAAAAGUGUCAGGUCUAAGAAGCAACAGAAGGUAGUUGACGCAGCUCGGGUUUGUGAGGAAAAAUUUCAUUUGCCACUGCAGGAGAGUGAUAAAAAGCAAGUGGCUGUUGGCAAUGAGCUGCACCAGCAUAGGGCCAAGAAGCAUAAGAAGAUGGUAGAGAAGGUGGAACAUCACGAGUUAUGUUAUAAAGAAACCAAAGAGCUGUUUAAUGUAACUAGGAAUUGUAAUCCAAGUGAGGAUGAGAAAAUUAAGGGGGAAGAGCAAAACGUUCAGCCUCCAGUAUUGCAGGAGCUGGCGAAGGAGAAGACUAAGAAACUCAAACAUGUAAUGGCUAAGAAGAAAAGUGUCAGAUCUAAGAAGCAACAGAAGGAAGCUGACAAAACUCUGGUUUGUGAGGAAAAUUUUCAUUUGCCACCACAGGAGAGUGAUAAAAAGCAAGUGGCUGUUGGCAAUGAGCUGCACCAGCAUAGGGCUAAGAAGCAUAGGAAGAUGGAAGAGAAGGUGGUGCAUCACGAGUUACGUUAUAAAGAAACCGAAGAGCUGUUUAAUGUAAUUAGGAAGUGUAAUCCAAGCGAGGAUGAGAAAAUUAAGGGGGAAGAGAAAAAUGUUCGGCCUCCAGUAUUGCAGGAACUUGUGAAGGAGAAAACUAUGAAACUGAAACAUGUAAUGACUAAGGAGAAAAGUGUCAGAAACCAUGGAGUUUGUGAAGGACAUCGACCAGUUACAAGGAAGUUUGCUGCACAAUUGUCGACUACACAGCAGUACUGCCACCAGCAGGAUAUUAAGAAGCAGAAACCAUCAGUUCCAAGCACCAAUGGAUUCGGAGACUCUAUAUUUGCCGAUGUGGAAGGGAACAAGGCAUCUCCAGCAGACCAACCAGUUCCAAUGUUCUUAGAGCAAACAGAAGCAAGCCCCGAUGAACUGGACAAGAUGGAGGAGGUUGAAAUGGAGGAUAUAAUGGAAGAACCAAUUUUGAAUAUUGAUGAUUGUGAUGCAAAGAACCCACUUGCAGCUGUUGACUAUGUUGAAGAUUUGUAUGCCUACUACAGAAAAAUGGAGAAUUGUAGCUGUGUCUCGUCGAACUAUAUGGUGCAACAAGAUGACAUUAAUGAGAAGAUGAGAGCCAUACUAAUUGACUGGCUUAUUGAGGUGCAUGACAAGUUUGACCUAAUGAAGGAGACCUUGUUUCUAACUGUUAAUCUCAUCGAUAGAUUCCUAUCCCAGCAAACGGUGAUGAGAAAGAAGCUUCAGUUGGUUGGCUUAGUUGCUAUGCUCUUAGCUUGCAAAUACGAGGAGGUUUCUGUCCCUGUAGUGGGAGAUCUAAUUCUUAUAUCUGAUAAAGCUUACACUAGGAAAGAAGUUCUUGAAAUGGAAAAUUCGAUGCUUAACAAAUUGCAAUUUAACAUGUCAUUUCCAACACCAUAUGUUUUCAUGCAAAGGUUCCUCAAGGCUGCUCAAUCUGAUAAGAAGCAGCUCGAGCUGCUGUCCUUCUUCUUUAUCGAGCUUUCACUUGUGGAGUAUGAGAUGCUUAAGUUCCCACCAUCAUUGUUAGCAGCCUCGGCCAUCUAUACUGCUCAGUGCACCAUCUAUGGUUUCAAAGAGUGGAAUAAGACUUGUGAAUGGCAUAGCAACUACUCAGAAGAGCAGCUCUUAGAAUGUUCAAGGUUAAUGGUUGGUUUCCACCAGAAGGCAGCGACAGGGAAACUCACGGGAGUAUUCAGGAAAUACAACACAUCCAAGUUUGGUUUUACUUCAAAAUACGAAGCAGCAGCACAGUUUCUAUUAGAGGAUCAACUAUAA